AUGGUGCGCUUGGCUGGGAUCGUUGACCGUUGCGACUGGCUCUGGUUGCGCGAUAUCGUCGUCGAGGUCGAGGCUCUAGAGGCCGAAGAGGUGACCGGCGGCGGCGCAGACGGAUGGAACGUGAAAGGCGCCCGGUUCGGGUUCAGGUUAGUCGAGAGGAGUAGGGUGGAUAAUCGUUGCUGCGAACAGCACGGGGCGUCAGGUCGGCGUCGGAGACCUGUCCGCCUGACGGGUCACGGUCGUGCUUGUGAACUCGGCGUCGCUUGGGUGACGAUGCCGACCGCGGUCAAGACCGAGGCGGAGAGGGCGGCAUGGUGUAAAGGGGCAAUGAGGCUUCGGUGUUGA